AUGAGAUCUUCUUACUCUAGAAAGAGUAAUGGAUACGGACAAUUCAAUCAACAUCAAAACCAUAAGCCAUCACUUCCUCAGGACCAAGUGUAUAUGAAUAAUCAAAGACCUCCUCAACAAAUGAUGUAUCCACCAAUAGAUCAAUAUGGUUUCCAAUAUGGAAUGAUUCCUCCACAAUAUGCAAAUUCACCAAUAUUGAAUGCUCCACCAACACCAUUCGAUUCAAGUUAUGGUGCUACUUUAUUACCAUCGCAUUUACUUAUGGGUUCUCCAUAUAUAGCUUCUCCAAAAAUGAAAUUUUCUCAACAACAACAAAUACAACAGCAACAGCAACAGCAACAAAGUCAGAAUGCACAGUCACAAUUACAUUCUUUUAAGUUUAAUAAUCACAAUAUGAUGGAUGGGAAUUCACAUUUUAAUAAUAAUGAACAUUCGACUUCAAGGAAAAUGUCUAAUUUAUCAAAUAAACCAAUCAAUUCUAGAAAUAUUCAAAUGCAUGUGAAUAACAUUAGUGAUGAUGAUAAAUUUAGUUAUAUGAAGUCAUUAUUUAAGCAACCUUUUAAUAUUACAUUUAAAGUUUUGCCUAAAGGUGAUGAUGUAUAUAGAACUAGAUCACUAUUAUUUGAAAAUAUUGAUAAAUCAAUUGACAUUCAUGAAUUUAUUUCCAAUUUCGUAAAGGUAAAUGCCAUCGAAAGUGUAUAUAUUGUUGAUUAUUUAACUGCAUCAACCUCCAAUAAUGUUGAAAAUAAAGAGGAUAAUGAAAUUAAUCAAGAUAAACAAUCUAUUCUAUUAAGUUUUUUCACACGACAACUUUGCCUAGAUUUCUACAAUAGUGUAUUGCAAAGGUUAAAAGAAUUUAAAAAGAAUCUGAAAUCAGAAUCUCUAAGGUUAAGUUUUGUAUCACUAAACUAUAUCCCUUAUAGUGUUAGCAAUACGGAUGAUAAUGAAGCAAUGGAGCCAGAUAGCGAAACAGAAGAUGAUACUGCUAUUUAUAAUGCAUCAUUCUUAUCCAGUUUACAGACGGAUAUAAUUCCUACUGAAGCUACUAGAUCUAUCACUGUUGAAUUUGAUAAAAAUACUACAAAGGAUGAAAUAUUAAAUGAAAAAUUACUUUUCUUAAAGGACAAUAACUUGAGAUACAUUAUGGAAUCUAUAUAUUUUGUUAAUGCUCCUAAACCACAAGAUGAAUUCAAUGAAAAUUAUGUAAUUUUAACAUUUUUGAACAUUUCAAUGGCAAAUGAAAUUUUAAAUUACUUAGAGGCUGAAAAACAAAAACUUGACAUUGUAGAUUGUUUCUUUGUUAGUAUAACUUCUCAAAGAGAGAGAUCAUCAAGAACAUCGGAAUCCUCUAGAAAUGCAGAUACCACAAAACAUGCACCAAUGAAAAAUAAUUUGCGUAAUGCUAGUUUGGUAAGUAUCCAAUCUUCAGACUCUAAUAUCUCUUUACCUAGCAAAUAUGAUGUCUCUUCUUUAAAGGAGUGCAAAUUAAAGAUAGAUAAAGACGAUUAUCCAGCUCCAUUUACAAAAGAGUUUGAAGAUCAUUUACCCAAUAUCGCAAUGUCUCAACCUAAUCAAAUGAACGGUACUAUGGCUCCACCAAUGAGCCAAGAAAUGUUUGUAAAUGAUGUCGGUACAUUACCGGGAAUGUCACCAUCCUUUGGACCAGUAGAGACAUUUGGUUUAGAACAACCUCAAAAUUUUGCAUCUUCAGUGAUUUCAAGGAAUGGGUCCUUCAUGGAACCUGGUCCAAUUAUGAAUCAACCACCUUUUUAUUUGGAUCAACCUCAAUACCACCGCAACGCCCCGGUUCGUCCUAUAACUGACUCCUUAAAGGAUCAAAUGAAUACUUCUGCAAAGAUUGCGUCAGCAAUGGGUAGUGAUGCAGGUAACAGAACUAUAUACAUUGGUAACAUUAAUCCUAGAUCGAAACCAGAAGACAUCUGUAAUGUUGUUAGAGGUGGUAUAUUACAAAGCAUUAGGUUUAUUGAAUCUAAACGUAUCUGUUUUGUUACAUUUAUUGAACCAUCUGCUGCUGUACAAUUCUAUGCCAAUGCCUUUAUAGAUCCUAUUGUAUUGCAUGGUAAUACUUUAAAGUUGGGAUGGGGUAACUAUUCUGGUCCACUUCCAAAAUCAAUUGCAUUAGCCGUUACAGUCGGUGGUAGCAGAAAUGUGUAUGUCUGUCUUCCUGAUGUUGCAUUCAAGGAUAAAUUCAUUACCAACCCUGAAUAUAAACUUUACCAUGAUCAAUAUAAACUUCCAAGUGCCGAACAACUGAGAAUAGAUUUCUCCACAUAUGGUACCAUAGAACAAAUUAAUUAUAUGAAGGACAGUCAUUGCUGUUGGAUCAAUUUCAUGAAUAUAUCUUCUGCGAUCAAAUUAGUGGAAGAAGCAAAUAAUAAGAAGAAUAGAUUAGAAGAGAAAUUUAAUGGUCGUUACAAUGGAUUAACAAUUAAUUACGGUAAGGAUCGUUGUGGUAAUGUCAACAGAAACCUUGUUGCAGGAAAAAAAUCAAGAUUCUAUAAUAAAGUUAAGAGACCAAGUUAUGAUAUAAGAUUAAGUAAAUUGGAAGAGAAGAGAAAAUACAGGGAAUCUAAGAAAAGAGAAGAAGAUAUGACUCAAUCAUUCUUACAUGAUGUUUCAACCGUUGACAAUCAAAACAUAUUGGCUGAGGAUAAAGAAGAUAUAAUAAAUUUAGCUUCCUUGGGUAUUACUCUAAAAAACGAGGAAGGUAAUGAGAACAGUACUGAUAUUAUGGAGAAAAUCGAUGAGAAGGAUUCAAAAUCUGAGACAGACGAUGUUCUACAGGACUUCCUUUCCACCAAAUUGACAGACAAGGGUGAAGACAGUGAAAUCAUUGGUAGUGAAAUAACGAAUACAGCUGAAGAAUCUGUCUCUUCUUCUGAGGUGGAAUUCAUUAUUAGCAAACCAGAUAUGAUAGCAAAUAGAAGUAAUAUGUCAUUUAACGACAGUAUGUUGAGUCAAGAAGAUUUAACUAACCAUGCGAUAAAGGCAACCAUAAUGAACAGUAACAAACCAUCUAUAUCUAAACAAGCCUUAGACUUGGAACCACCUUUCGCUCCUGACACUAUCUCAAGAGACUACGCUAUGCAAUUCAAUGGUCUUGUUGGACCUCCAGUCAUGUCCAUGAGAGAAGAAUGGAAUCAUAAUGGUAACGCUCAAAAUAAUGGCGGGAACAGUAAAGGUAACAACAAAAACGGUGGUAAUCAAAGGAAGAACCAGAAAAACCACAAAUCUAAGGGUAAGAAUGGAAGAACUAUUCCUGGCUCUGACGUCAUGGCACAAUACCUUGCACAAUUGCAGCAUUCGACUUUUAUGUAUGCUGCAAACGUUCUUGGUGCCUCUGCAGAUGAUUCUGAACUGUAUGAAGAAUGA